CACAAAUCCGAUCUUGGCAUGCUAUCUAAUGCGUAUUACGUAUGUUACUACUAUACUUGUAAAUCCUACAUGUGAAACAGCAAGGGAGGUACUUGGGGCUUUGGUAGAUCUACCAUACUAGAGAUAAGUACUCAAUCUAAAGAACGCUCUUUCCCCACAUCCCACCCGUCGCAGUUCAGGUCGUACUUGUCACCUCGAAUCAAACCACCGACUGGAUUCACCAACUGCAUGUGGAUUCAAACUUACCUGCCUAGUACCUACUUCCUUACUAACCACCAUACAACAACUCUCUUCCUCCUUCACUUUCCCUUUCCCCUUCCGCGCCCGUUGUCCGACGAAGUAACGCAUCACAACACGACGCAAGCCGCAACCGACCCCCCUCCCCGAAUAUCCUCAUACCCACUCAUAACAUACUCAUAACAUCGGAUUCAUACUCCCCGCGGCGCCAAUCGCUUAUUGUCGAUCAAGAAGAAGAAGAAACACUGCAAGUUAAUCAAGAAAAUGUCUGGCCUAUGUAUGGUUUCUGUAAAGUAGGACGAUGAUAAUAUGCGAUAUCAACUUUCAAUGAGUGGCGCUAGUUAGGGCCGUCCCUCAUACAACUUGUACAAAGAAUCCAGUCGAUUCCUCUCUAUCGGCUUAGUUUCGUCUACCACCUUCUGUCCCGUCUGUCCCGUCUUUAACCUUCCUCUCCCACAACGGCUGGCCCAUCGUGUGAAAGUCCGCAACCGCCUGAAAAUGGCGAUAUCGACCAUCUCCAAUAUCGCCAGUAUGGCGUACUUUAUUCUUGGCCUUGCCUCUAUUCUUUCCGUCGCAUCCGCCGAAGAUGCCACCACGAGUACUGUACAGGGCAACUUACCUGACUAUCUGCAGCAAUCCGCCAUGUCACUUUCUCUGGACAGUGAUGUUGCUCCAGUCCAUGUCGAUUAUAGAAUUGCACCUUUGACGGCCGAAACUGGACUCAAUCAGACCAAUGGGGGUGACCUGAGUAGUGUUCGUAUGCGAGCAGACAUGGUGAUUGUUGACCAAACCAACUAUAACGAGAUCAGCCUAGAGGAUAAUAUUGCCUACAUUACUUGCGACUCUACUACCGAUAAUACCUACAUCACUCCCAGCGACGUGCUCAAUUCUGUUAUGAACAGAAAACCAAGUCCAAGGGCAAUUUUGCUUUUUAGCACUGCAGGAACCUAUUGUUCACUUGUGGGAUCCGACCUGGCGUUCAGAGAGAUUUGGACCAUGACCAAUCCAGACGAAGCUGGGGAAACCAGGAACCUGACUUUGGCCGGUGGGGUUCGUGUCAUAAUUCCGACAGAAGGCACUGAUGCAAUGAACGGCACUCGAUCUCAAGGCGGGAGUAGUUCGGCCGUGGCUAUGAGCAUCUUAUAUAGUAUCACGGGUCUAAUCACUCUGCUUUUCCUCCUCAUCAUUGCUACCGGUGCAAUUCGGGCACAUCGCCAUCCUGAACGAUACGGUCCUAGAGCCGGUUUCGGCGGAAGACCAAGACAGAGUCGGGCCAGAGGUCUCGCACGAGCUGUUCUUGAGACGCUUCCCAUCGUCAAAUUUGGAGAUCCUGAUCCUCGGCCAACGGCUAAACCGGACCCGGAGAAUGAGCUGGAUAGUAUAUCGGGGGACAGACAGCCCAUAAAAUCUCUGACGCAGCCUGACUUGACACCGGCUAGCAUCGGACAAGGCGAGAACCCUCAAAAUUCUGCUACCCCUGAUGCUGCUGUAGCUGCUGUUGCAUCGGAUAAUAAUAAUGGGAACAACGAACCAGUGGAGGAUAACAAUCUUGGUUGUUCUAUCUGCACAGAGGACUUCAGUGUCGGACAGGAUGUGAGAGUCCUCCCUUGCAACCACAAAUAUCAUCCACAAUGUGUCGAUCCAUGGCUAGUCAAUGUGUCUGGCACCUGUCCUUUAUGUCGACUUGAUCUUCGUCCUCGGGAGGAGGAGGAGGCACCAAAUGAUGACGGUACAGAUAUGUACGAAAUCGCUCCACAGGAAGCGGCUGGUGGUCAUACCAGCGGUCAACUUGCUCCUCCGCAUGGGGAUGAAGUAGAGAUGGCACAGAGACGACGACUAUCGCGUCUUCUAGAUUGGAACAGGCUUAGACACGCCUCCGUUGAUGAGCGUAUUCAGGCUCUUCGACAGUAUCGGCAAACCCAACAAGGACAAGCGGACGCUUCAGUCGAUGACCAAAGACGACAUGCUAAAUUGUCGGACCGACUACGAGAGAAAUUCCACGUCCGGACAAGAGCUCACCCGCCUAGUGAGCCGCCAUCUACCAACUGAUUAAGCCAUCAGUUACUAAAUGGGUGACGAAUAAUGCGUUCGGUGGCUAAAUACGGACAUGAGAUAAUGGUUUUGAAGUGGACGGGUCAAAUGCUAUGCCUGAAAUAGAACGGCGUCGGAUGUUAUUAGGGAAUGUGUUUAGGGUGUCAUGGAAAGGAAUCGCAUUGGUUGGCGUUAAUGUGUGCGAGGCUAUCUGGUUUUUGGGCCAUCGGGGUCUCGAGGUUCAGCUGGCGUUAGGCAGGACACACGGUGGCAAGCUUUAUUACAGUCAUUAGGGCAAACCAUCCCAUAUCAUGCAGUCGGAAUAAUGAGAUAGAUAUUGAAAUGGGUCACACUUGUUUUCCCCAAUCUUGUUGCAUCAAAUUGGUGACAUUGGGAUGGUGUGAGGAUGAGUCGCGAUAGGCCGAGAGGACUUGGUGUGUGAAGAUCAGAUGUAUAGAAUAAUGAUGAGUACAAUUUAAGCAUAACUACUAUGCCUACUUGGUGUAGAUGAAGUUAAUAUUUAUACUACAACUACAACUACAACUACAACUACAACUACAACUACAACUAC